GCAGCAGCAGCAGCGAAUCCAGCAUACAUCUGGAUCUGGAUCAGUUCUGCCCGAGAACCAGAACAUAAUACCCCGCCCGCCGGGAAUCCUGCUCCUCCUGCAGCCGGGCUCCGGUCCUGAUCUCCGGCCUGGACGUUGAUCGAGAGUCCGGAGACACGGACUGUCCGUUUGUAACGGUAAAAACACGGAGAAACGAUUAAAACCCGGGACGAUGAUGAUGAUGAUGAUGAUGGACUGAAGCUGCGACACAUCUGGACCCGGAGCAUCUUUGGAGGUUUGGUCUGGUUUUGUUUGUCCAUCAUCGGUCCUGAUCCUGGAUUAAAGGCGAUCAGGAUCAUGAAUCAUCCAACCUCCACUGCGAUAAUCCGGGUUUACAUCUGAGAUCUGUUCUGGAUUACUCCGAUCCUGCUCCUGGGCGGGUCUCACAUGACCCCGUCUGAACCGGUCCUGGUACUGCUCCUGGUGUGUUUUGUGGACUAGUCCUGGUUGUGGUGCUGGUCUGGUUUUGGGGACAGUUCUGCUGACAUCAUGCCGACGUCCCGGCCUGGUUCUGAUCCAGUCGAGUUCUGGGUGGAGGGGUCAAGGCGGGACGGGACGGUGGAGGAGUUCUACAACCUGAGCUCCGAACUGGGCCGAGGAGCGACAUCAGUUGUGUAUCGCUGUGAAGAGAAACAGACUGAGAAACCGUUCGCUGUCAAAGUUCUCAAGAAAACGAUCGACAAGAAGAUUGUUCGUACAGAGAUCGGAGUACUGCUGCGUCUGUCCCACCCAAACAUUAUUCAGUUGAAGGAGAUCUUUGAGACGGACACAGACAUAGCUCUGGUUCUGGAGCUUGUGACUGGAGGAGAACUGUUUGACAGGAUCGUGGAGCGAGGUUACUACAGUGAGAGAGACGCUGCUCAUGUCAUCAAACAAAUACUGGAGGCUGUGGCGUACUUACAUGAGAACGGUGUGGUUCAUCGUGACCUGAAACCAGAGAACCUUCUGUACGCUGACCUGUCACUGGACGCUCCACUCAAGAUAGCUGACUUUGGUCUUUCAAAGAUCAUCGAUGACCAGGUGACCAUGAAGACAGUGUGUGGGACACCAGGUUACUGUGCUCCAGAGAUUUUAAGAGGCAACGCCUACGGUCCUGAGGUGGACAUGUGGUCAGUGGGCGUCAUCCUGUACAUCCUACUGUGUGGCUUCGAGCCGUUCUUUGACCCCAGAGGAGACCAGUACAUGUACACUCGCAUCCUCAACUGUGACUACGAGUUUGUGUCUCCGUGGUGGGACGACGUCUCACUCAACGCCAAAGACUUAGUCAGUAAGCUGAUUGUCCUGGACCCUCUGAAGCGUCUGAGUGUGCGUGAGGCUCUGCAGCACCCGUGGGUUCUGGGUAAAGCAGCACGUUUCUCUCACAUGGACACGGCACAGAGGAAACUUCAGGAAUUCAACGCACGACGGAAGCUCAAGGCUGCCAUGAAGGCCGUCGUUGCCACCAGUCGGAUGCAUGAAGGCUCGCGGCGUCGCACCGACAGCUGUGAGAUUCCAGGCUCAGGAGCUUCCAGGCAGAGCAGCAUGCAGCAAGACCCGCCUCAUGAGUCUACAGGUUCCUCCCUAUCAGAUAAAGAGGCCCCGCCCUCUGAUAAUCCAUCACAGAACGAUGAAUCAAAGCCCGAUGACCAGAGCGUCCUCAGCCCCUCCUCUCCACGCAGCCUUAAAGCCCUGACCUCUGACACCGCCCCCACAGGCCCCGCCCCCACCAGACCUCCACUGCGAGCUGAGGGUUUGCGUCAGGUGUCCGUCGUCCCCAUAGAGAAGCCGCUUCAGCCCCGACUGCCGCAAAAGAGUCACUCAGUCGUCGAGCCCUCCUCCAGGCGUGAAGCCACACCUGUGCUGGCCACGCCCCCCAGUCCAAACAGCCUCAGUAAUGGCUUCACACCAGGGGCGGAGCCGGCCAGUAAGAUGGCCCACUGUCAGUGAUCACCUGACAAACAGAGAGCCUCGGUUUGAAUGAAAAAAAACAUUUAACUUUUCACGUAAACAUCUUAAACUAACGUGUUUGUUCCACCUGUAGCAUCAGCUGUUGUUAGCAUGCUAACAGCUGAGCUGCAGGUUUUUAGGUUGUUUGUCUCACAUGUGCUAACAAAGCAUGCUAACAGAACCUGCAGAUGGAGCCACUGAGCUUGUACUCAUUCAUUAACCAUGUUACAGUUUAGCAUGUUAGCAUAAUGACAGAGCAGUGGGAGGAGUUGGAGAUUUGGCGGCCAUUUUACUGAAGUAUCACUGGUUUCAACACAUCUGCUGUUACCAUGGUAACAGACAUUUAACUGAAACUAACCAAAUCUUUUGUUCUUUCACGUCUACUUGUGAUUCCGCGUUUUUCAGAAGCUAAGCUAACGAGGCUAACUAGUGACAGUGCUUAUCGGCUGAUGUCGUGUGUUUCCUCUGUCAUGUGGUCAUGUGACCUGACAGGAAGCUGCAGCUUCAUCACCUUCAUUCAACAGCAAACAAUAAUAAUAAAAGUACACACACACACACACAGACAUUAUCACUGCAGCGCCCCCUUGUGACUCUUUAACAUAAAUCAGUGAAUGUUGGUGAGAAAAACAUUUUCAUGAUUUUCUACGUUUGUUGAUUUUUAAAUAACAUCUUUGUUUACUGAACUGGCUCCACCUGGUGGACACUUCUGUCCCCUCUGAUGUGGGACAAAAAGAGACAGUCUUCUUCAGUGAUUGUAUUUUUAUGAGAUACUGGUAAAGUGGGACAUGUGGACAUGUGAAGGACGAGGAGACAAAGCUCAGCUGAUGAGUGAAAGACAAAGGAACUUUUUUAUUCUUUCUACUCUCCUGAUGACAGGGUUAGUGCAGUCAUCUGGAGUUAACUGGUGAGGGUUAGUUAACCCUAAUGCAUCAGGAUUAGGGUUAGUUAACCUGAUAAGUUAGGGUUAGUUAACUCUGUGUGUAGUCUCCCGCUGAGUCAGCGUGUUGUAUCCGUGAGCUUCUAGUAAAUGGCAGCACUCUUUACAUUGUACACUUUAAUUUGAGACUGACGUCUUCACCUGAGACACACGUCCAUCUGACUGAGACACGUGUCCAUCUGAGACACACGUCCACCUGACUGAGACACGCGUCCACAACGUCAAACACUGGAAAUCUUAGAUCUGACCUUUAACUUGUAAACAGGUGAUCUUCAGAUGUGAGGCCACACCUUCUACCUCUGAGUACGAGAGCUUCCACCUCAGUCACAUGACUCAGUCACGUGAUGAUGCGUUCACACUGAACGUGAGAUAAUUAUUCACAUCACUGUACUGGCGUCUGCUCUCUGUCCAGAUGCUAAUGCUAAGCUGACUACGGUCCCGUGGGCUAAUGCCAUGCUAUCUAUUCUUCUGAGGCUAAUGCUAAGCUAACUAAAUUGUAAACAACUAAAUUCCCGUCACUUGUAAAAAAAAGUGUGAACGCACCUUUACUGACGACUUUAAAACCUGGCUGUGGGCGGAGUCUUUAAUGCUAAUGAUGGCUAAUGAAGCAGCUGUGUACUGGUGGUGGUUUUUAUCGACUGCUGCUUCCUGUUUGUGGUUCAGUCCUGGUUCUGGUUCAGGAAAACAACCUUUGACUCUUUACAGACCUUGGAACACACACACAUAGCGCCCUCUGCUGGUGGAUAAGUGGUAGUGACAGAUCAGGUCUAUGGUUUGUUCUGUUUGAUUUAAAUCUAUAAUCUUCUGUACAAACAUGAAUAUUUUGGCUCUAUUUAUGGUCCUGAGAGACGUGGGCGGGGCUAAUGGCUUUGUUUGUUUUGUGUUUGAUAGUAAAAAAUGUGUAAAGAUAGAAAAACAACUGCAUGUUAUUAUUUAAUUUCUGUUGAAAUCACAUUAAAACUGAACUGAUCUGUGUUCUCUGCUCCUGA